AUGGCUCCCCUCAGCAUCAACGUGACAGGUACUUCAUCCGUCAGUCACGCACCAGAGAGAUGCACCCUCAAAUUCUGCAUAAAAACCAAUGGUUCACAGCAAAAUCAAGUCGCCCAAGAUGUUACUUCCGCGGCUAAUGACCUCCAACAUUGGUUUAAACAAUUCCACUCACCCGAGGAAGCUUCCAUAACCGACGAAGCACCCGUGACCAAAUUCUCAACCUCGAACAUCAAGGCGUGGAAAAAGUCAAGAGAUGACCGCGACAGACCUGUCGAAGAUCCACAUUACGCCAAAAUCACAUUCACGGCCAUUUUCCGUGAUUUCUCCACAAUGGGCAGAGCUGUCAGUGCACUUCUAGCCUACCCGAAGGUCGAGAUCGACUCAAUAGACUGGAGUCUCACCGAUGAGACCGGGAAGCGGCUUUCUUCCGAGGCGCGCAAGCUAGCAUUGCGUGACGCCAUUCAUCAAGCGGAUGACUUGUCCGAGGUUCUCGGCCGGGAUGUUGUUGCCGUGGAGGUGACCGACUCGGAGUAUCCUGCUGCACCGCGGGCGAGAUAUUUGAUGACUACUCAAUGCGCCUCAGGCUAUCGAGAUGACUCUCCUCAGCUCGAUCUUACACCCCAGGAGAUUGAUGUCAAGUCUUCUUUGCAGGUGAAGUUUGAGGCUGUGAACGGCCGUGACACGAAUUGA